AUGCGGCUGGCCAUGGAGCGCGGGCCGUACGCGCGCGCGGGCGCGGCGCGGGGCUGCUGGUUCUACCUGCGCUACUUCUUCCUCUUCGCCUCGCUCAUCCAGCUGCUGGUCAUCAUGGGCCUCGUGCUCUUCAUGGUCUACGGCAACGUGCACCUGAGCACCGAGUCCAACCUGAGGGCCACCGAGCGCCGGACCGACGAGCUGUACGGCCAGGUGCAGCAGCUGUCGGCCGCGCAGAGCAACCUCACCAAGCAGCUGAACCUCACGGCCACCGCCAAGGACGCCAUCAUGCAGCUGCUGCUGGGCGCGCGCCGCGACCUCGAGCGCAUCAACGCCAGCUUCCGCCAGUGCCAGGCCGACCGGGUCACCUAUUUCACCUAUCAGCAGUACAUCGCGGCCAUCAUCCUGAGCGAGAAGCAGUGCCAGGACAAUCUGAAGGAGUCGAACCGCAGCUGCGAAGCCCUGAUCCUGAAGCUGGGGGAGAAAAGCAAGACGCUGGAGCUGGAGCUGGUGAAGGAGAAGGCAAUGUGUGCCCAGGAUAAGGACGGCCUGGGGACAGCCAAGCGCAUGGCCGAGGGGCAGCUGGCCGAGUGCAUCAAGGUCCAGGAGCUGCUGCGACAGGAACAGCAGCUGGGGCAGCAGCAGCUGCAGAAGGUUCAGGCCCUGUGCCUCCAGCUGGACAAGGACAAGUUCGAGGCGGACCUGCGCAGCCUGUGGCGGGAUUCCAUCAUCCCGCGCUCGCUGGACUCGCUGGGCUUCGGCUACCACCCGCUGGGCUCCGAGCUGAGCUCCAUCCGCAGGAGCUGUGACCUCAUGCCCAGCCUCAUGGCCAGCAAGGUGGAGGAGCUGGUCCGGAGCCUGCGGUCUGGCGUGGAGCGCGUGGCCCGCGAGAACACGGACCUGCAGCGCCAGAAGCUGGAAGUGGAGCGGGGCCUGCGGGCCAGUGAGGAGGCCAAGGCCAAGGCCGAGAAGGAGGCCCAGGCCCGGGAGGCCAAGCUGCAGGCUGAGUGCGCCCGGCAGACACAGCUGGCGCUGGAGGAGAAGGCCGCUCUGCGGAGGGAGCGCGACUCCCUGGCCAAGGAGCUGGAGGGGAAGAAGCGCGAGGUGGAGCAGCUCAAGAUGCAGGUGGACGUCAGGGCCACCGCCCUGGACACCUGCCUCAAGGCCAAGUCCCAGCCGGUGACCCUGCCAAGACCUGUGGUCACAGCUGCCAACCCGCCACCCAUCAACCCAGCAGACCUGGAGGAAUUCAAGAAGAGGAUCCUGGACUCCCAGCGAUCCCCUGCAGUCAACCCCUUGGUCCCAUCCAGUGGCUGAGAAGGCUACGGUGGAGGACCCCGGGGUGGCCCCGUCCAUGACCUCGGGUGCCGGACACGACUGCUGCCCCCUACUGCCCUUCACAGCCACGUGCACCCAAGGCCCUGGGCACAGACCUGGCGAUGAUGUCAGACAGCGAUGAUGUCACGCACAAAGCCGCCAUGGCGUCACGGCCACUCAGCGCUAAGCUCACACGGCAGUGGCAGAGCACCACCAUUGCACGCGUGCAUUCCCUCCUCACUCUCGGCCCCACGUCACUCGGUGUCACUGCCCUGCCCUGCACCGGGCCAAGCCCAGCGUCCCCUUGUGCACAGCCUGGUGUCAGCCGCCAGCCUCCUCCGACUUCCUUAUCUCCCGGGCCUGGCCAGGAGGUGAGAACAGGAAGCCAUUGGCCUCCUCCUCCCUCCAG